AUGCCAGAGCCCAAGAAUCUGCGAGAACUUAGAGGCUUGCAAGGAAAACUGGCCUACAUACGACGAUUUAUCUCGAACUUGGCUGGUCGAUGUCAACCUUUCAAUAGAUUGAUGAAAAAGGAUGUGCACUUUGAAUGGGAUGAAGCUUGUAGCAAUGCUUUUGCGCUCAUCAAAAGGUACUUGCUUAAUCCUCUAGUUUUAGGUGCUCCUAUCCCAGGAAAGCCUUUGGUGCUGUAUAUUGCAGCCCAAGAAAAGUCUCUAGGUGCUUUUAUGGCACAGGAAAAUAAAGAGGGGAAAGAAAAAGCCCUUUAUUACCUAAUUCGAACUCUCAAUGGGGCUGAAUUAAAUUAUUCUCCUAUCGAAAAGAUGUGCCUCGCUCUUUUCUUUGCCAUAGACAAACUGGAGCACUACAUGCAAGCAUAUAUAGUCCAUUUGAUAGCAAAGGCGGAUCCAAUCAAAUAUGUCCUCUCCAGGCCAGUGGUUUCGGGUUGUAUUGCUCGAUGGGCAGUCUUGCUACAACAAUAUGACCUUGCAUACAUUCCACAAAAAGCUGUCAAAGAACAAACAUUGGUAGACUUCUUAGCUGAUCACCUAGUUCCAUUUGAUUGGGAGUUCUCCGAUGAUUUCCCGGAUGAAGAUGUGUUUUACAUUGAAGUAAUGCCACCAUGGAUGAUGUUUUUCGAUGGAGCUGCACGUCGAGAAGGAGUGGGGGCAGGUGUAGUGUUUGUUUCUCCACAAAGGCAAAUACUUCUAUACUUGUUCUCGUUAAGCGAACUUUGCUCUAACAACGUAGCUGAAUAUCAAGCAUUGAUUAUUGGUCUACAAAUGGCCAUUAAGAUGGGCAUAGUGCAACUUGAGAUCUUUGGGGAUUCCAAAUUAAUUAUCAACCAAAUCUUGGAGCAAUAUGACGUCAAGAAAGAAGACCUCAUCCCCUAUUGCAAAUAUGCGAAGAAGUUGCUAGCAAAUUUUGAAGCCAUCACAUUGGAGCAUAUACCGAGGAAGGAGAAUAGACAGGCUGAUGCUUUAGCUAAUUUGGCUACUGCCUUAGCAUUAUCCCAAGAAGAGACAACCAAAGUCGUUAUUUCCCAAAGGUGGGUGGUACCUCUCGUGGUUGAAGAAGAAGAAGAAGAGCAAGCCAACAUCAUUUCUGUAUGCCUUGUCAAAAAAGAAGAUUGGCGACAAGUAAUCAUUGAAUACCUUCAACAUGGAAGACUUCCGGAUGAUAAACGCCACAAGACUGAAAUUCGACGAAGGGCUGCUCGAUUCAUUUACUAUAAAGACACUCUCUUCCGCCGUUCAUUUGAUGGGCUGUUUCUCCGUUGCUUAGGAGAGGAGGAGGCUAGACAAGCCUUAAAGGAGGCUCAUUUUGGAAUAUGCGGCGCAUAUCAAUCAGGUCCUAAGUUACAUUAUAGGAUCAAACGAAUGGGUUACUAUUGGCCUAUAAUGGUGCAAGAUUCUAUGGAAUGCGCUAAAAAGUGUGAAGCUUGUCAGUAUCACGCAAACUUCAUCCACCAACCGCCAGAACCUCUACACCCAACUAUAGCUUCUUGGCCUUUUGAUGCAUGGGGACUUGAUGCAAUAGGGCCAUUACCAAAGUCGUCCGGUGGCCACUUGUACAUCUUCGCCAUAACUGACUACUUCUCGAAAUGGGCAGAAGCUCUACCCCUUAAGGAAGUGAAGAAAGAAAUGGUGGUCAAUUUCAUUUGA